AUGUUCUCCCGCAACAUGCUUCGCACGUCGACGCGUGCCCUGCGCUCAGCCAACACAGCUGCCAACGUCACCGUCGCCCGACCUGCCGCCGCCUUCCUGCACACCAACCCGCCCAUGUCCAGCGCCGCCAACAAGGACAACAAGCACAACAAUUCCAACCAGCCCGGCUCCUUUGCGCGUACGGAUGACUCUAUUACGGUCGAGUACCCAGAGGACCAAGACCUCCCCUCCUCGACGCCCGUCCAAGGACGCGGUGGUCUACACAUGAAGCGCACUCUGGCUUCAUUCUCGCUGGAAGGAAAGGUUGGCGUGGUGACUGGAGGUGCCAGAGGCCUGGGACUCGUCAUGGGACAGGGCAUGGUCAUCAGUGGCGCUAACCUAGCCAUUGUCGACAUGAACAAGGAAGAGGCUGAGCGUCAGGCUUCGGAGCUGGUCGAGGUGUUCCGCAAGGAGAACCCGGGCGCGCACAGAGUUCCCAAGGUGACAGCUCAUUACGCCGAUGUGUCCGAUGCCGACUCGGUGCAGAGCUGCAUCGACAGUGUGAUCAAGGAGCACGGCAAGAUCGACCACCUGGUCACCAGUGCCGGCUUCACCGAGAACUACAAUGCCAUCGACUACCCGAUCGACCGCAUUCGCAAGCUGUGGAACGUCAACGUCGACGGCACCUACCUGUUUGCCACCACCGUCGCAAAGCAUCUGAUGGCGCGCAAGAGCCCGGGAAGCAUGGUCUUCAUCGGCAGCAUGAGUGGUGCCAUUGUCAAUGUGCCCCAGCCCCAGGCACCUUACAAUGCCGCCAAGGCCGCUGUUCGACACCUGGCUGCGUCGCUGGCUGUCGAGUGGGCUCACGCAGGCAUCCGAGUCAACUGCAUCUCCCCCGGAUACAUGUUGACUGCCCUUACCGAGAAGAUCCUUGAUGACAACCCUGAGCUUAAGCGCCAAUGGACAUCACUUAUUCCCCAGGGUAAGAUGGGUCAGCCCGUCGACCUCAUGGGUCCUGUCUCCUUCUUGCUCUCCGAUGCCAGUCAGUACGUCACUGGUGCCGACCUCCGUGUCGAUGGCGGUUACACUGUCACCUAA